UGGUGACACUGAUUUUGCAGCGAGAAUUGCUUGAUAAACAGCUGAUUUUAGUCAUGGAGACAGCUGCCUUGAACUUGGCGCAUGAGAAACAGAGACGGGCGGAGGCAUCACUGCGGGAAGGAAAGUUUGAGGAAGCGGCUGAGUAUCACGAAACUGUGGCCGAUCUCUUAGCGAAGGCUCAUGAGAAACUCGAAUCCAGUCUGGUUAACGUGCACGGGUCAGCUGUGUCUUCUCAAGAACCUUAUCUGAUACCGAUCCAUUUGCUCAACAGUUUGGAAUCACUCAGUCUGCAACAAGAUUAUCACAAGAGACAGGCAGCUGUGGUCAGAAUGAAGCAGGUGCGAUACGAAGAAUACAAAACAACGCUGGAGAAUCAUCAGAAAGAUCUCCUUAGUAAAAAUGUAGCCAAAUAUAGUGACAAAGAAAAUUGCACCGACACAAGAAGUGACAAGUUUGAUGGUUCGUUGCGUCAAGCCAUAUACAAAACUAUCGACGAGCAGGACAAUCUUUUGAGUUUGAUAUCGCUACCCGAUAGCAAUGAAAAAACAUUUAAACAUCCGAAGGACGCAAGUACCGUUAUAGAAGAAUUAAGAACUGUCAAUAGCCAAUUACGAUCUCUUGUAGGAAGUUUACUUAGCCAAUUGGAAGCGAAAGAAGAGGAAGUGCGUCAGUUGACAAAACGUCUGAAAACAUUUUCCGCAAACGACGAUAUGAGAACAGAGGAUCGCGCUUUAAGUCUUCCGCCAUUGCCGCCUUUAACACCUCUUGAAAUGCCACUUUUUGAUUUUACAUCCUCAUAAACUCGAUUCAUCUCGCUAUAUUGAGUUUGUACGAUUUCUUGUAAAUCUACUCUAAGUGAGAAAGAUUCAAGAUGAGAUCUGUUAACUCCGGCAUCGAGUUGUUCACAUAGUUAAAUUAAAAAAAAAAAACAAAAAAACAAAAACCGCAAUGAUGUUUUAUGGACCAGUCUGUCAUCGGAUAGAUGCAAUCUCUUGGCAAAAGAACGAUUUAUUACAAGUGCAAAACUAUCCAUAUAUCAAUAUAUGCUAUGUAUAUGGGUGUGUACAUAUAAUUUAUAAUGUAAUGAUUCUAAUGUAUGUUAAUUUUUAAAAAAAUUUAUAAACAAUAUAUAAG